AUGACCAAUAAUGGUGAAGAUUCUAAUCAAGACGUUGAAGAUUUUAGUGACUCCGAUGUUGAUGAGGUUCCAGACGAUAUCGAUGAUGAAGGCCCAGAGAAGGUUGAAGAUGUUCACGGCCUUUUAUUCAAUAACCCGAGUCGUGAUAUUAUUUUACGAAAUAAACUUGAGGGCGACAUGUUAAACGUAGAUCCAGAUGCAGGGUAUGCAUCCGAGUUUCUUGUCUACGCCGAUAUAGUACGUGCUCAUAGAUUGGCGGUAAAUUCACAGUUCGAGGAGUUGUUCGUUGGGCAACAGUUCGAGUACAAGGCGAACUGUGUGUUUGCCAUCAAACUAUACAACAUGAAGUUGUCGAUUGAUUACAAGGUUGUCAAAUCUACACCAACAUUAUAUGUUAGGGAAUGUUGGAGAGGCGGCGAUAGGUGUGGUUGGCGAGUUCGAGCUGCAUUUAUACAGACUACUCAACAGUGGCAAAUACGAAAAUUAGAAGGGCAUCAUACAUGUACUGUCGCACGUAUGUCUCAAGACCACCAGAAAUUGGAUGCCAAAAGUAUUUGCAACUACAUCAUGCUACUAGUGAAAGAUAGCCUAAUCAUUCUUGUGUCAACAUUGAUUGCAGACAUACAAGCUCGAUUUCAGUACAGAGUGUCAUACAGGAAAGCGUGGGCCUUCCCCCACUGCAAACCCCUAGUGCAAGUUGAUGGAACAUGGCUUUAUGGAAAAUACACGCAGAUACUUCUGAUUGCAGUUGCACAAGACGGUAACGGAAAUGUACUACCAAUCGCUUUUGCCAUCAUGGAGUCCGAGAACUCCGAAUCGUGGACGUAUUUCAUUCAAAACUUGUGGAGACAUGCUGUUAGGCAAGACAACAUUUGCAUUAUCUCCGAUAGAUCGAAGGGUCUUGUUGCUGCGAUUCGACAAUCAGAGGUUCCGUGGAGGUCUGUCUAUUGUAUUCGUCACAUCACUAUCAACUUCCAUAAUGAGUACAAGAACAAAGACUAG